AUGUGGCAGCCAGCCUCGGAGAGACUGCAGCACUUUCAGACUAUGCUCAAGACCAAGCUAAAUGUGCUGACGCUGAGGAAGGACCCACUGCCCACAGUGAUCUUUCACGAACCCGAGGCCAUCGAGUUGUGCUCCACCACGCCAGUCGCCAAGAGCCGGAGCCAUACUGGAUACAAGGUGAACUACCUGGGGAAGGUGACUAUCUCUGGGAGUCAUUUCCUGUCAGGCUGCACAGAAAGAGCUGUGGUGGGGCUGGUGGAGCACAGAGCCCUGGCUCAGCAGCAGGGGACAUGCCUCAGAGGCUCAGUGCUGGAGAUCCGACCAUUCCAAGUGCGCCUCCACCACCUCGACGAGCACGGAGAGCCCUCCCCAAACAUGGACACUUACCAAGUGGCACGGAUUGCAUACUGCACAGCUGACCACAGCGUCAGGCCCAAUGUGUUUGCAUGGAUCUACAGAGAGAUCAACGAUGACCUGUCCUUCCAAAUGGACUGCCAUGCGGUGGAGUGUGAAAACAAGCUGGAGGCCAAGAGGCUGGCCCACUCCAUGAUGGAGGCAUUCCGCAAGACCUUCCACAGCAUGCGCAGCGACGGGCGCAUUCACAAGAGCGGCUCGACGGACGACUUUGCCGAAGACUCGUCCACUCCUGAAGACACCACCCCAGACGACGGCUGA